ACCACAGGGAACGGUUGCUAGGAAACGAGCUUUGUCCAUUUUUGCCGAGGCGAAUGGAAGAUUAAAGCUGCUAGCAGGAAUGCUAUUUAAUUUAUUAACAGACACUUACAAUAUUUCUCACGAGGUUUCGAAUGUACGCCGAAUAAUGGUGAAGUUGAGGGCAAGAUGUCUGCUUCUCGGGGAUGCUGCAGUGGGGAAAAGUUCUCUUUUUCACAUCUUCUACAAUGAUGGAUCUCUGUUCCAGAAGAACUAUAGCUUGACAACGGGAGUGGAGCUGGUGAUGAAAUGUAUCAACAUUCCAGAGACCAACGACUCCGUGGAGCUCUAUAUCUUAGACUCGGCGGGGAAGGAGACGCUAGCGGAGGGCUGCGAGAAAAUGGUCAGAAGCUGCUCUGGAUUCUUCUGUUUUCAUUUGCAUGAAACUAAUCAGUGGGGGGAGCCAUCUUUGCUGUGUCUGGUGUUCGAUUUGACCAGUGAGCAGUCUUUUGCUAACUGCGCAUGUUGGAUGGAAAGAGUCCAAGCACACUGCAAAGGCCUCCGUGUGCCAGGUGUUCUCGUGGGAAACAAGUCGGAUCUGUCAGCUAGAAGGGAAGUACAGGCGUCCGUGGCCGAGGAGUGGGCCCAAAGCAAGGGACUGGAGUACCACGAGACAUCAGCUAAAGAGAUGGUCAACUGUGAUGCCCCCCUCCUCAGUUUAGCACAGUCCUUCUAUUCUCUCUACCAGGAGCAGCGUGAGAUCAUGCAGAACCUCGGGCCCGGCUAGACUCCUCUUCCUUCACCACAGAGCUCACAGCCGUUUGAGACGAACCACUGCGAAGGAAUUGCUUUAGGAGAAUAGGAUUUUCUGGCAAGGAUACUGAAAGGCUUUCUGAUUGUUUUUGUUUUAAAUAAAGGACUAAAUAAGGAGCAA